AAAUAAAAACAUAACCCAAUUAUAUUUCUGCUGAAUGAUGACGGCAAAUUUGCAUUUGAUAUUUACAGUUUGGAAGGUUGAAAUUUUAAAAUUUUCAGUGUAAGAAGUGCAACAAGUACAAAAUGACGACGUUGUUCGGUUGGGAUCUGCUCUACAAGAGCGUCGAGCAAGACAUUAAAAACAAUCACGAUAUUCUAGUGUGUUUAGUGCACCUCGUCCUGGUCACCAACGACUUCAAAUGCAUCGGAUUGGGCGAAUCCAAAGUUUUGGACGGCGACGAACCGAAGUCCGAGGCGCUACCGAAGAAUUGGAACGACCAGUACGCUAUAAGAUACGUACACAAAGGGAAGUUAUACAAUCUAAAAGCCACUCCAUUGGACGACGCCAUCAUGAUCAAUUUGAUCCGAAUCGACGAGAGGUCCGUGUCUUUCGUGCAAUUAAACCCCCGCAGCGUAGCCCAACGCACCGGAUCCUUAGACGAGAUGAUCCCAAACAACCAAAACAUAGUGGAACAAAUCAAAACGCAGCUAAUCGAUCGGGUGACUAUAUCGAAGAAAUCUAAAGAAUCCGGAUGUCAAACUGAUCCUCAACGAACCGCGGUUCAAGAUGACCCGCUGAUCGUACCUAACCCGAGCGUUCCGAGAACGAUCGUAAAUUUUCCGUUUUCUAUAGCGUCGGAUUACGGCAGGAGCGACCUGGAGCCACUCGGGGGCAUCGGCAUUGGACCUGUACGAGUGCCCCAACCGCCGGGCGGCGGUAUGCUCUUCCAGCCUCCAGGUCCGUCGUUUGGCGGAGGUUUUCGUGAUCCCGGUGCUCCUGUUGGUUUGCCUCCUGGAGCUCUACCCCCAGGGGCGAGAUUUGACCCAUUUAGACCGCCGGACGUGGAUAGGUAUGCUCCUAGGAGACCCAAUAGACCUGAUAACGAUGAAUUUCCACCGCCUGGUUACGACGAUAUGUUUAUGUAGAGAGUUUAUUAUUUUCAGGAUAGGUUAUACCUUUUGAUUAUUUUACUCGAUUAAAGUUAAUGAUUUAUUUUUCUAUGUUUUCGCAUUGACUUACUGUUUUUAAUUGAUUUAAAAGCGAGCAUCGAAAAUGUUAGUACUGAUCAAAAUAAAUUUGUA